AUGGCAACAAUGAUCAAAAGUCUCUCUUCUAUCUUUUGCUUUCUUUCUCUUUUAUCUCUUCUCUUCUCUACAAGCCAAACGGCCAUAUCCCAACCUGACCACAUGCGCACCUUCUGCCGCCAAUCUUCUGACAACUUCACGCGAACCAGCUCUUACCGGACAAACCGUGAAACACUUCUCUCCUCUCUCCGUGAACGUUCCUCUCUAGGAACCUAUGCAAACGCCACAACAGGUCUUAGCCCCAACACAGUCCGUAGCAUGUUUCUCUGUAGAGGAGACAUCACGAGAAAAUCUUGUUCCGACUGUGUUCAAACCGCAACCCUAGAAAUAUCAAGAAACUGCACUUUUCAAAAAGAAGCUUUCAUAUUCUAUGAAGAGUGUAUGGUACGUUACUCGGAUUCUUCCUUCUUUACCCUAGUAGAAGACAGACCUUUUAUCACCAGAUACUCUCCGAGCUCUGCUCCUAAUACUGAUCGGUUCGGAAAAACUCUGUCCGAUAAAAUGGAUGAGCUUAUCACCAGAGCGUCUUCUUCAUCAUCAUCGUCAUCAUCAACACCAUAUUUCGUCGAGGAUCAAGAACGUGUGACACAAUUCGAGGGUUCGUACGAUUUAGUUUCAAUUGUUCAGUGUAGUCCCGAUCUUGAUUCAAGAAACUGCACCGUGUGUCUGAAACUUGCGGUUCAAAAAAUUUUGGACUGUUGCAGCCGGUCUCUUUUGGCUCAAAUCUUUACUCCUAAAUGUCUCUUACGGUAUGAAGCUUCCGCUUUGUCAUCCCCGCCUCCACCAUCUCCGCCACCUCCACCACGUUCUCCCCCAGUUCUACGGCCAUCUCCGCCUCGUUUCAGGCGGCCACAAAACGGACCGAGUUUUAGCGGGUCAUUUUCUAUUAACGUUAUAAAAGGAAACGAAAUAUGUGGGAGAAUUAUAGUUGCGGUCAUGACGGCUUAUGUGUUAGCACUUUCGGCUGUAUGAAUGUAAAGAUUUCUUUCUAGUACUGGUUACGUGAAGUUUGAAGUGUAAUGUGUUAAUGUUCUUGUCUAUUAAGAUCCAAGCCCCCUAAACUUAUGUUAUUAUCUGUGUUUCAGUAUGUCUUCUUUGUUUUUGUCCUAA